AUGAAUAAUGCCACACUGCUGUCAACAACAAAUCUAUUACAUACACCAUCAGUUCCAAAUGCAACAUCAGAUAUAAAUACAUCGUCAGGUCCUACAGAAAAUUUAGAAUUGGUGAAUUCUAUGCAAGAUCAAUUGACAUUCAUGGCACAACAACUUAUGAAAAUUAGUAGUUCAAUUGAAAAUAUUCAAUUAGAAAAAAAUAACGAAGCAUCAUCAUCACCUUCACAACAAGAUGAGAUCGAACAACUAUUUGAGAACAUUACAUGUUCAGAUGAUUCCUUUAAUUUAAAAUGUUUAGAAAUAAAUUAUCAAUUAGAUAUGAUCAUAUGUAUUUCUUGCUGCACAUAG